CAGAUGCUUGACAAAACCCACAAACAAAAUCUCGAGUUUCCUGAGUUUGGAAUUUGUAGCUGAGUUUUGCACAGAGCCUCUCCUCAUUCAACUAAAAAAAUAAUAUACAAUGGCCACCAUCUCUGCUUGCACCUCAACUUCGUUAGUUGCACGCGCCGCCCUCGUACAGAAGGCAUCCGCCGUGCGCCCCGCCUCCAUUCUCGGUUUGCCUUCAAUGGCAAAGAGCAUGGGGAAAGUGAGAUGCUCCAUGGAGGGUAAGCCACAAGAGAGCGAGGCAAAGUUGGGGAUGGGCGCUUCGGUGAUGGCGGCGGCUUGUGCGGCGGCGAUGUCAAGCCCGGCGGCGAUGGCGCUGGUGGAUGAGAGACUGAGCACGGAGGGAACUGGUCUGCCAUUUGGGCUGAGCAACAACCUUUUGGGAUGGAUACUUUUGGGUGUUUUUGGUUUGAUUUGGACUCUCUACUUUACCUACACUUCUGGCCUUGAUGAAGAUGAGGAAUCAGGCUUGUCUCUUUGAUAUUCAAGAUUAUGGAUUUUCAAUUUUUACUUAAUUAUUAUAAAUAUAUCUUGUUUAUGUGUAAAACUAUGUUGAUUCUGUGCCUGUAAACAACUGCUUUUAAUGUAAUUUUAUCUGGGUUUUAUAAACCUUGUGUUGUUGUUUGCUUCAAAUUGUUGGUCCAAUGUGAUUAGUGGGGUUAACUUCAAA